AUGGCCCAAUUCGAAUUGAGUAAGACAUGGAAAAUCCUCGGACCAUUUCCAAUCGGUUCUCGAGAGCAGGACUUUGGAGCAGAUCUGUUAGAAAACUAUGGCGGAUUCAGCCAACUGAAGUAUUCGACUACAGCAAAGUUUCCCUCUGAAUUAGUGGAGGGAGGUUUUGUUGGAUGGUCUACUGUAACUGCAGAUGAUAAUUGUGUCGUUGGCCCGCUGGGCUUCACGAAUGUUAGGUUCGCGAAACACAUGCUUGAUUGUGAUUCGUAUUUGUCUUGUCUUGACCGAAAAAGAUUGUGGGAAAACAAUGGGGCGCCCUUUGGAUGGUCAAUUGAGCAAUAUCAAGCAUGGGCAAGAGGCCUAUUAGUUGUGCAUGAACCAGUCCAAUUGUUUAUUCAGAUAAGCGGCGUGUCUGAGUUUUACCUUGACGGGGUCAAAUAUCAUGGCGAUUGUUACGCUUAUAACACAACAACGCAUAUAGUCUCCAUGAAGCAUGGAAAACACCAUUUAGACGUAAGGAUAGUUCAUGACGUACGAGUAUUUGGUGGCAGCAAAGUGCCGCCGCGGUGUCAAUUUCAAGUGCACCUUUAUACCCGUGGUGAGGAAGCUUUGGUUUACCCUGAGGAUUACGUUUUAAUUAGACCUGCUCUGCCUGCUCCACCAAAGACAUCUUCCUCUCCCUCCCCAAACAGAGCAGAAGAACAACAGCAGACCGUUUGCGAGCUUUUGAUGCCAGAUUAUCUCAAAGAUAUAGGCUUUGCAGGAUCUUAUGGUUGUGUCUAUGUACAGAAUGCUGGUGAUGAAACUCUUUGGGUUACUUCUCUGACUUUGUGUAUAGUAGAUGAUCAAACGUUAGCGUCAAGGACAAAAAAUGGUUUGUUCAUGGAAUAUAAAACGGAUCUAUUAAUGAGCAAUGAGCUUCUCUAUUUGAUACCUGGCCAAAUGCGCCCUAUUGGUUUUCACUUUCAAAAAGAAUUCGGCACAUUGCCUGCUACCAAAAUUUUGCGGUUUUGGGUGCGUAUUGGGUUUGCAAUCCAAUACGAUACAGCAGAUGGAAGAAGUGAGUUUGCUGUCCGCGCCACAUCCAAUGUCCGUUGUGUUGAUUGGAUUCACUCAGCUUUUCGUUAUACAUUUUUGGACUAUGACAAUACAGUGCACUACGCAAUGGCGAAAAGACCGAACACAUUGACUACUAGUACCACUAAGCCAGUGAUUGUAGCGCUCCAUGGAGCAGGCGUUGAGGCUGACUCGGAGUUUUGGACUGAUUCUGUGCCUACACAAAAAACGUCUUGGUAUAUCCUACAGGACGAACGCCUUGUGUCAAAACCUUAUGAAACACCAUUAACGUUAAAACCAGAGGACCAGCGAGAGUGGACAGUUGGUGAUAUCGAAAAAUUAAUCGUCAUAGGCCAUAGUAAUGGCGGACAAGGAGCGUGGUAUUUUGCUACACAUUUCUCUGACAAAGUUAUAGCAGCUGUUCCUGUUGCUGGCUAUGUAAAGAUUCAAGAUUAUAUAUCUUACGCCAACUGGGUGGGUCAAAGUUACUGCGACCCACAGUUGAAAGGUAUGAUAUGCCUCCUACAGACAACCAUUGCCGUGCUUCCAAGACUAGGGACUGAAGAUGACAAUGUUCCGCCGUUGCACACCAGAAAGUAUGUAAGAAUUUUGAAUGGAAUUUUGAAAACACCAACAGCCAUAAAGAUAUCAGAAGUAUCUAUGACAGGUCACUGGUGGGAUACGGUAUUCAGUGAUCGAAUUGUUCAAGACUUUCUAACAAAAAACCAGAAAAUAAAAGCAAGAUUUGAACCUGACGAUUUUUCUAUCACACUGAUGAACCCGGCGGGAAGUGGAAGUAUUCAUGGAAUACAAAUUGAGCAACUGACAAUCCCUUAUAGAUUAGGCAAGAUACAAGGCUAUUAUUCAAAAGAUCAGCACGGCAAAACGAUACUAAUGCUUAAGACCACAAAUAUUGCAUCGUUCCGGUUCACAAAGUAUUUUAGAGGAUGUAAUAAACUAACAGUUGAUGAGGAUAAGUUUCUACAUUUGGAAAAAAACUAUACAAAAAGUGAAAAUGUUCAUUUAUCAUAUGAUAGAAAGACGAAACGAUGGAAGUUGGAAGCAUGUAGGGUGACAGAACGAAACAAAAAUCCCUAUGGUCCGGUUCACCGUAUGUACGAGUCAAAGAUGGCUCUUAUCAUAGUCAUUCCGCAAAAAGACAUGUAUGAACAUGCAGCUUUGCAAAUUGCUCAUGAUUGGUAUCUGUAUGGCAGAGGUGACGCUAUCAUUGUUUAUGAUAAUGACGAUGCUACCUUCGAUAAAAUUAAGCAUGACAGUGUACAUUAUUGCAUUUACCUGGGAUUGAUCAAUGAGAAUAAGAAAAUGAAAGAGCUUAUAUCGAAAUCAACGAUUUGUAAUAUUGAUAUCAAGGAAAACAUGGAUAGUACAAUUAGUAUCAGAGUCUCUAACAGGAAGUUUAACGAAGCUGGAACAGGUCUAUUGUUAAUGCAGCCAGGGUUAUUAGAAGGAGAAAUCGCGCUUAUUAUCACUGGAACGGACAUCAAUGGAUUUGAUUCAGUACUGCAGCUUAUACCAAAACGUACAGGAAUGAUGACACCAGAAUGGGUGAUUACACAUAGUAGUGAAAUGAAAGCAACAGGCUUGGGUGGUAUCUUAGCGGCAGGGGAACGUUACUCUAUUCAGCCUUUUCAACAUUUUCAGUUAGACAUUGUGUUACAAUAUCUUGACAAGAAGUAUCUUUUCAGCCAAACGAAGAGUCACCAUGAGACCGAAUUCCGAAGCUAUGUACCCAUACUUGUCUUAUUAACUGUUUUGCAUACAACGGCUUUUAAGGCGUACAUUUGCGUCAAAAACAUACACUGA